CAUUAGGUUUUCAACACACGCGCACAAGCGGGGAAGACUGGAGCAGAUGUAGUGAAGCAUGGCGUCUGUUCUGAUUGGUUGAGUGGUGAACAGCUCUGAAGCUGAUUGGAUGUUGGGUUUCUGAGGUUACGUGGUGGUCUGCAGCUCAUCCUCAGUUGAGCGCCUCAAUGGAAAUCAGGUACAUCAGGAUACGAGCGUCAUCAGGACCAAACGUGUGAGGCUGUAUAAUUCACUAAAUUAAAUCGAAACAGGACUGGAAAUUCUCCAUCACUUCGACCAAACAAAACUGAGUGACAAAUCUGGCAGGUGAAGGAAGGCCAUGGGGGCUCUCAGCCGGCAGCAAUUCUUCCAGGAGCUACCUUUGGGCUGCUUGCUUCCAACUGCCCAGCAGGGUCUGCUGCAAGUGUGGCAGCUGCUGAUCAUGUGUUUAGCAUGCAGACUGCUGUGGAGAAUUGGUCGCCUACCUGCUUACAUAAAGCACCUCAGCACAAUUGCAUGUGGCUUUUACACCCUCUACCUGUUCUUUGGGUUGCACAUGGUGUGGGUGGUGCUGCUCAGUCUUCUCUGCUACCUCAUCCUCUUCCUGUGCCGCCACUCCAGCACUCGUGGCCCCUUCCUUUCAAUCACAGUCCUCAUCUACCUCCUGCUGGGGGAGCUGCAUAUGAUGGACACAAACAGCUGGCACAAAAUGAGAGGUUCCCAAAUGGUAGUUGCCAUGAAGGCGAUCUCUCUUGCCUUUGACUUGGACAAAGGCACAGUGGAAAAUGUCCCGUCUCCAGUAGAGUUUAUGGGCUAUAUUUACUUUGUGGGAACAGUCAUAUUUGGGCCCUGGAUCAGCUUCAGCAGCUACAGGGAGGCCGUAGAAGGCAAAGAGCUUAGUGUCUCCUGGUUGGUGAAGGUAGCCAGCAGCUGGAUAAAGAGCCAGUUAUGCCUGGUGAUCUCCAACUGUGUCGCUCCUUACCUCUUUCCCUACUUCAUCCCUGUCUUUGGAGACAAACUACUAAAAAAUAAGAAGAGGCGAAAGAACAGAGGUUUUGUUGCAAGGUUGUUGAUGGGCUAUGAACACAGCAUGGGUUUCCAUUUUAGUAAUUAUUUUGUAAGCUAUCUGAGUGAAACCACAACCACACUGUCAGGUGCAGGUUUCACAGACGAGAAGGACCAUCUCAAGUGGGAUCUUACAAUGGUUAACCCACUAAAUGUUGAGUUUCCCAGGUCUGUGUCAGAGGGUGUUAUUUCCUGGAACUUGCCUAUGUCUCAGUGGCUCAAUAUUUAUGUAUUCAAGAAGGCUCUCAAAUUUGGGACAUUUCAGGCCAUCCUCAUCACUUACACAACCAGCACUUUGCUGCAUGGAUUAAGCUUUCACAUUGCAGCUGUGUUAUUGACCCUCGCCUUCAUGACAUAUAUUGAGUAUGAGUUGAGGAAAAGACUGUCCGUCAUCCUUAAUGCAUGUGUCCUUUCCAAGAGAUGUCCAUCAGACUGCAAACACCAAAAUAAGAAGGCAUUUUGGGUUUAUUUUAUUAAUGGAGCAUUUAGUGUACUAGCAGUGCUGCACCUCACCUACCUGUCCUCAGUCUUUGGCUCCAGUGCUGAUGAUAUAGACCCAGAUGAGGAUGGUAUGGCCAGUCAUACUUUUCAUAAAUGGAGUGAACUGAACUGGACGAGUCACUGGCUUACCUUUGGCCUCUGGGUUGUAUACCGCAUUAUUAUGUAAACACAGACAAAGAGAUUAAAUGGACAGGGAGCAAAAACAAACCUACAGAUGUUUUAUCAUUCUCAUCUGAAGUGGUGGAUGCCGAGCUCCGUAUGACUUCACUGUGAAUUCCUCAAGCACUGGAGGACUAGAGAACAAAACCUCUAACAAAUACGAACUUUAUCUCAUCAUCACUACAACUCUAGUCCGGAUGCUGUGGCACUUGAGUACCGUACAAGUGUCUCUGUGGUUUCUUUACACAUUUACAGGCCACAUCAUUCUUCCAAGAGCAAGCAGCAAGAAACUGAAACUGAUCUCAUUCAUUUUUGUGUAUAUGUAAUAGUACAUAUUUAUAUUGUUAUAGUGUGUGUGUGUGUGUGUGUGUGUAUGUAUGUAUGUAUGUAUGUAUGUGUGUAUAUAUAUAUAUAUAUAUAUAUAUAUAUUUCUACCUGAUUGGAUGAUGACAAAAUUAUUUUAAUCAAAGGACACUGUAUUGCAUAUACACUUUUAAAAAGUAUUCAAGUAUUCUCAUUUGAACUUUGCAUUGACUUUACACAGGUGAUGGAAUUUAAGUUUGUUUUUUUUUUGUUUUUUUUUAAAGCAGUGCUUGGAUAGUUAAACUAAAAAAAAUUACCACUGAUUUACACUCCUCCUUAAGUGGAACCAUAUCAUUCAACCAAUGAUUUUUGAGAAACACUAAAACCCAUUCCCAGAUGGACAUGGAAUCAAUCUGGCUGGCUUUGAUAUUGUUUAGGGUCAACUAGGGUGAUUUUCAAAGUAAAAAAAAAUCAGUUAAGUAAUGGUUUGAAUUGUAGUUCACAGUUUGAAUAGCUUAAAAUACUGGUGCAGUAAUGCAAAUCUGUUUCAAGUAAAAGGGUAAUACCAUAAACAAAAACAUUAAACGUGCAAUAAUUCAAUAAUUGAAACCCAAAGCUCAGCACGUGUAGCAUUAUCUAUACUUAUGCACCAACUGUGCAAACAUCAGCUAGACUUUAUGACCUGAGAAUUUUAAAAAUCUAGCAGGAAUUAGGUUUAGUAUUUAGGGAGAGUGGACAAAAACAAAUAUCUGUUAACCACAGCACAUAUCAUACCGUGUUUCACACAUAUUGUUCAACAGCCUGUAUUUAUCCAUUUAAAGAAUAUUGGAUUUAUUUUUAAUAUGACCAUGAGCCAGUGCAGAUUCCAGUUUGUAUUUCAUAAUAAUGUGAAACUACUAUAAUAUUGGACUGUUUACAGGAUUUCAUUAGAUAUUUAAAUGUUUAUUCAAUAAAUUAUUGCAGAUCUUAUUAAUUAAUUUAUCUCUCUUAUUCCUCUUGUACUAAUAUUUUAGUCUUAUGCAUUUUAGUAUUCUCACGAUUUCACCUCGCGAAAAGCACUGGACCAUGCAGGGCGCUCUGAAAACCGAAGCGCGAGCUCGUGGAGCGCGCAUCCGGGUUUGUCAGUGACAUUGACUUUGUUUACUUGUGACGUGUGUUUUGUUAUGGUUUAUGUCCUGUCUCUGCCCCUGUAUUAUCAUUGGUUGUUUCCCUUAUGAGUCAUCAUUAGUCUCAGCUGUUUUGUAUUCACCCUUGAUUACGUUUGAUAUUUAAACCCCUCAUGUGUAUAUGUUCAGUGCGAAGUAUAGCGUGUUAUCACCAUGCCAAGUCUUUGUUCAUCGUGUCUCGUGGCAUGGGUUUUGAUCUCACGUCUAGUUUCUCGUUUUAUUUUUGCCUUGCCUAGUUUAUACCCAUUUGCCGAUCGCCUGACCUUUUGCCUGUUUUUGGACUAUUCCUUUAAAUCACAAUUUGGAUUUGUUUGCCUGCUUCUCUUUAAUAAUGCUCUUAUCUGCUUUUGCAUCCAUUCUAACCUCCUGUAUGUGACAAGUACACUCAUGUAUUAGUAUUUUUCAUUAUGUUUUGUUUGUUCAUUUAUUUGCAUAGUUGUAGUUCAAACUUUAUUAUCGUGGUAGAUUAGAUCAAUCAGCUGAUUCAUAUUAAGAUGUGCCAAAUGGAGCAAUCAACUCAUUAAUAUUUAAUCAUUUUACCAAGCUAUAGGUGUUUUUAUAAUCUUUGUAUGAUGAUUUGUCCAUCCAGUAUUCAUUGGCAUUCUUAUUUAUAAUCUCCUUUUGGUAAUAAACAAUAAAUAAAGACUUUAU